AUGGAAGAUCACUGGGACGAUAUUCCCCGACAGGCAUGGAGGGCGUUUCGAAAAAAGCUCGGUCUACCAGCCUCAUCGGAUGUGAAAAUCCUCAGCGAAUUAGUAAAGGAGCUCCUUACUCUAGCCCCGUCAUCACUACCAUAUACUAUAAUAAGCUACCCGGGUAUAAUAGCGCUUUACAGCGAAGACAUCAUCGACACAGCAGAGUAUCUAGGACUUCGCAAGCUACAAGGAUACUACACUUAUCAUCUACGUGAAAUCGUUGCGGCUUAUUCUGGACAUGGGAUGGGGCUAUGCAGACACUUUGAGAAUAAAGACCAAUGCGAGAAUGAAAGCUCUCAGCUACCAGAUCGCGUCACACUCCUAGUUGAAUAUACUGAACAAGCGCUCUUACUCCAGACAAGUGUUCUACGUGAAGCAAUAGACCUAGGGGGGACUUAUAUUCUUGCGGCGGCUUCGUUUGAACUGGGCGGCAACUCCCAGAUGGCCGGACACGCUUGCCGCGUGGCAGAGUUUGUGGAUCAAUUCUUGAGGAAGUGGUACCAGGGUCAGCUCAUCCCGGAGGAGAUUCUGGUUAUCAUCACAGGGAACCUAGAUGACUCUGUACGAGAGGCCAUCCAGGAAGCGGUUAAGGGGUUAGUGGCAAAGGUACAGCUGACUGCCUCUCAAUCGGAGUAUGUUGCUGCUCGAGGUGCUGCGGAGCUCGCCUGGAGGGCAAAUAUCCUGGACAAAUCUAUGUGA